AUGACAGCCGCCGCAUCCUCAGACCCCUUCGGCCAAGUCCUCAAGAACCUGUCCCUGAUCGCCCUCAGCCUCAUCUUCCUCCCGCUCGACACAGCCAUCCUCCUCGCGUGCUAUGCGUACCAGCGUCUCCUGGGGCGUCCCGCCCGGGACACCCUCCCUCCUCCUCCCACCGGAGACCAACACCAGCACACCCCACCACCCCGGCCCGCGCGGACGAUCCUCGUCACAGGCGUCGGUAUGACAAAAGGCCUCGCCCUGGCCCGUCUGUUCCACCGCCAAGGCCACCGCGUUCUGGGCGCCGACUUCUCCCCCCUCGCGGCGGGCAGCAGGUCCCGCGCCCUCGCCUCCUACCACGUCCUCGCCCGCCCGUCCGCCCGCCCCGGCGGCGCCGACCCGUACCUCGACUCCGUCCUGCGCAUCGUCCGCUCCCAGAACGUGGACCUCUGGGUGAGCUGCUCCGGCGUCGGGUCCGCGGUCGAGGACGGCGUCGUCAAGGAGGUCGUCGAGGCCCGCACGGCGUGCCGGGCCGUGCAGUUCGACGUCGCCGCCACGCGCACCCUCCACGAGAAGGACGCCUUCAUGAACCACACGCGCGACGUCGCCGGGCUGCCCGUGCCCGAGUCGUACCUCGUCACGAGCCGCAACGAGAUGAUUGCUGCGCUCGAGGACGCCGCGGGGCUGUCCCUGUCCCUGUCGUCGUCGUCCGUCCCGUCAUCCGACGAAAACGACAAGACGAUGACGUCGCAGAAGCCUAGCGACAUCAGCAAGAAAAAGAAGAAGCGUUUCAUCGCCAAGGCCGUGGGCCUCAACGACAGGGGCCGCGCCGACAUGACCCUCCUCCCGCUGCCCACGGAGAAGCAGACGUACGACUUCGUCUACCGCCUCGAGUGGCUCGGCAUGUCGGACAAGCAGCCCUGGCUGCUGCAGGAGUUCAUCGACGGCGACGAGUUCUGCACGCAAUCCCUCGUCGUGCGCGGGCAAGUGCGCGCCUUCGUGGCGUGCCGCUCCGCCGAGCUGCUGAUGCACUACGCCGCGCUGCCGGCAGACUCGGCGCUGUCGCGGGCCAUGCUGGAGUUCACGCGCGCGCAGGCCGCCAGCUUCGGGGACCGGUUCACGGGGCAUCUGAGCUUUGAUUUCAUGGUUGAUCGGGUUGAUGUGAAGGCGGAGACGCCGGAGCAGAUCACGCUGUAUCCGAUCGAGUGCAACCCGCGCGCACACACUGCUGUCGCGCUGUUCGGGGACACGCCGGAGCUGGUGGGGCAGUAUCUUGCCGUGUUAGACGGAGGCGGGGACGGGGCCGGAGAUGGGGCGGCGGACCCGGCGGUUGUGACCCCGCAGGAGCCGGGUAAAAAGUACUACUGGAUUGGGCACGAUUUGGUCACGCUCUUCCUCCUUCCCACCCUGCGUCUGCUGCUGCUCCGCACGUCUUUUAGAGAAUACGUGCGCUCGGUUUGGGCGUUUGCGGAGCAUGUGCUGUUCUGGAAGGAUGGCACUUUUGAGGUGUGGGAUCCUCUGCCGGCGUGGUGGUUGUACCACGUCUACUGGCCAAUGACGUUCUGGGACUGCUUGGUCAACAGGAGGAGCUGGAGCAGGAUGAACGUCAGCACGACCAAGAUGUUUGAGUGUGACUGA